GUCGAUUUGCAAGAGCCGACAAGAUGGUACGGGAGGCCCCCACGAGUUGCCACCGAGCUCCCUCCUGGCCGCGCCAGCGCAGGCCAGUCGCCCAUCAACAUAAGCGAGGCCGCGCGGCACUCGAACACCUCCGCCGGCCCGCGGUCCCUGUUCUACAGGUACGACAGGUACUAUCGGCCCAUCACGAUGCGGAGCUCGAGGAAGAAAUGAGGCAUACACGUACGUCUUCGCAGGCCCGCGCCGAUCUCCAGGGUCGGGCGAUGGUCCCCCCGCGCUGUUGGCGGCGCCAGAGGCGCCACCAGCGGCUGUCCCGCGCCGGUCCAAGAAGCCCGCGCGGACGCGAAGGUUUAUGUUCAUGUCGUCUUCCUUGACGUGCGGUGUCUUGACUUUUUCGACAGAGGCCCCCCGGAAGUCCCGAUCCUUUCCCCAGGGCGUGCUUUUCAUCCCGAGGCCGUUUUCUAGCGGUCCCGGGGUCCGCCGAGGGCCCCCGGAGGUCGAAAGUGGCCAGCAGCUGUUCGUUGUGUGUGUGUGUGUGUUUCCGACGACGCGAGCAUGUUUGGGUUUUCUUCCUCUAGGAACGACGGCAGGGUUCUGGCGGGCGAGCUGGAGGGCCCCGCUGGCGGCUUCGCCCUGGGGGCGCACUACCCGGCCGGCAUCGACGCGGAGUACGAGCUCUGGAGGCUCGAGAUCCACUCGCCCUCGGAGCACACGUUCCUCGGCAAGCGUGUGGACCUCGAGGUCCAGCUCUUCCACCGCUUGGCCGGCGCUUCCGAGGCGGACGCCCAAGCGCCCAACCACACGGCGGUCGUGUCGCUGGGCUACGCCAGUUCGCUGCAGCCGAGCCCCAUCUCGCGCCCUCCCGCCGUCCUGGACGCGCUCCGGCAGGGCGGGCUGCCCCAGGAGGAGGGCGCCGAGACGCUCGUCAACGGCGACUCGUCCGUCUUCGUGGACCUCGCGAGGGCGUUCCAGCCCCUGCCCGGGCAGGCCGGCGCGGCGGGCGGCGGGGGCCAGGCCUUCUGGCAGUACACGGGCUCGCUGACGUCCCCGCCGUGCACGGCGGACGUGCAGUGGUUCGUGCGGAGCUCCCCGCUGCCCGCGCGGCCCGACGCGCUCGAGGCCUACCGCCGGGCCCUGCAGGCGGGCCGGGGCCUGGAGCGGGCGGCCGAGGCGGGCAACGCGCGGGCGCUGCAGCCCUCCUGCGGCGCGCGGCUCACCCGCUGGGCCGCGGAGGCGGCCUUUCAGGACUCGGCCGCCGAGGAGAAGGAGUCGAACGAGGCCGCGUUCCGGCGGGCCGAGGCGGACAACGUGGGGAACGAGGACGCCCUCGCCAACGCGAUCGGCGGCACGGGGCCCGUGAGCACCGCCGAGAGCCAGGCGCGCCUGGACUACGAGCGCUGCGCCCAGGCCAUCGCGAGCAGCGAGGCCGAGCUGCAGGGCGCCGCUCGCCAGGCCGCCGCCGAGUGCGACGGAGCCGUCGCCACCGCGUCGUACCUCGGUGAGGUGGGGACGGAGGCCUCGGGCGCCCUGAACAGCGUCCAGCAGGCCCAGUGCGCGUCCUCGCAGGCGGUGGCCGCGCGGCUGCGGAUCCAGGCCGAGGUCCAGAAGCGUACCUGCCGCGCCCUGAAGCGCAAGGCCGACGCCGCCCAACGGUGAGGGCCCCCGCUGCGAGGCGCCCUGUCAGGUCCGCCCCGCCGCCGCUGCGAGCCGCGCGGUGCCCGCGCUGCCGAAAAGGACCGCCUUGCGCUCGCCCGCGAAGGCUUUACAGCCGCCGCUUCGCGGCUCUCGCGCGCCGUAUCCUUCUCGAUCGAACCGUCGCCAUCGUUGCGCGCGCCAGCGCGCCGUGACUCUUGAGGGAGUCUAGCACGUGAGCAGCAGCAUGCCACCC